AUGGCUAGUAAGGACGGAAAAAGUGGGGUAUUCUGCUCGAAUACUAAAUUAAUAAUAACAAUUCUUCUUGUCAUCGGUUUAAUUGUCGCAGUAGGCUUAAUUGCUGGUUUAACUUCUCGUUCUGGCUCAACUGGCAAUCAACAAAGUACUACUAUGACAGUGACGCAACCUGUAUCAACUACAGCUCCUCCAAAAUAUCCGCAAUUAAAUAACAGACGGUUGCCUACUAAUGUUAAACCCUUGAAUUAUACCUUCACUCUGGACAUUGAUAUGACCAAAUUAAGCUAUAAUGGAAACAAUGUUAUCCGAUUCCAAGUUACUUCUCCUACAAAUGUCAUCAUUGUUCACACUGAUGGUAUUACAGUAACAUCAGCGCCAAAAGUAGCUAGUGAUUCCACUUUUAGCAAUACUUUCACUGUUUCGGACUAUGGCGCUCAUACCCAGAAUAAUUAUUACUACGUCGGAUUGCAAAAUAAUUUAGCCGCUGGUAUCUACUAUAUCCAGUUUAUCUAUACCGCAAAUUUGGCUUCCGAUUUGAAUGGAUUAUAUAAGUACCAAUAUACCAGAGCUUCGGAUAGAGCAGUAAUUUGGGGUGUUGCUAGCCAAUGUGAGGACUUUUAUGCGCGAAGAAUACUUCCUUGCUUUGAUGAGCCAGCCAUGAAAGCUACCUUUACUACAACAGUCGUCAUCCCAAAUAACUAUACCACCCUUACUAACAUGCCAGUAACAUCUACAACCGCUGUUGCUGGCAAUAAGAUGAGCUACAAGUUUCAACCAACGGUCGUGAUGUCUUCGUACUUGUUAGCAUUCACAGUUGACGACUUUGAGUCCGUUGAGGCUAGAACUGCAAGAAAUACUCUCGUAAGAGUUUUUUCUCGUAAAUCGAUUAAGAAUGAUGGCAUGUACGCUUUGGGUGCUGCAAUCAACAUUACAGAAUUCUUUGAAAAUCUCUUAGAUGUACCAUAUCCAUUACCUAAGCAAGACCACGUUGCAGUCCCUUCCUUCGAUUCUGGUGCUAUGGAAAACUGGGGAUUAAUUUUGUAUCGCGAAGAACUUUUGACUUACAAUAAAUUUUUGUCCUCAACAUCUACUAAAGAGAGUAUUACUACUAUAGUAGCUCACGAAUUGGCUCAUAUGUGGUUUGGUAAUUGGGUCACCAUGGAAUGGUGGAAUCAUUUGUGGCUUAAUGAAGGAUUUGCUACCUUCUUUGCAGCUUAUUCCGCUUCGUUUUAUGCACCUACUAUGAAUUUGAUGGCGCAAUUUACCACUGAUGAUUUGCAAAUUGGUCUAAUUAGUGAUGCUUCCGCAUUGUCUCAUCCUAUUGUACCUCCAGCUCAGUAUGGCCCAUUCUUCGAUCGUAUAACAUAUCAAAAGGGCGGCUCAAUCCUUCGUAUGUUACGUGAUUAUAUGGGCCACGAUGACUUUAUUGCAGGCAUUAAGGCUUACUUGAAGAAAUAUAGUUAUGGGAAUGCCAUUACUGAUCAAUUAUUUUCAACUAUGACAUCGACGAUUAAUAAUAGGAUUAAUGUCACCGAUUUCAUUAGCUGUUGGAUUUAUCAAAUGGGAUAUCCACUUAUCACCGUUAAGCGCAGCUCAUCCGCAAAUUCCGGAGUAUUUUCUCAAGCUCGCUACUUAAGUAAUAAGAAUCUUGAUCCUAAUGUGGAUCCUCCGUCCAAUCCAUAUAAAGCUACUUGCGGUUAUAAAUGGAAUGUUCCGGUAACCUAUUAUACUGGCGAUGCCCCAUCUACGACUGUACGUAACCUCAUGGCUAAAAGUGGUGCUGAUUUGACCGUCAACUGGCCUGGAAAUACAUGGAUUAAGGUCAAUGCUGAUCAAAUGGGCUUUUUCAGAGUUAAUUACGAAACCAGUAAUUGGAAUCAACUUGCUGCUGCUUUACAGGCUGAUCAUACGCAAUACCACUUGAAAAUUUUGUCACCUCCUGCAGAUAUUUUGGGAAUGAUGGAUAGUGGGGAUGAUACAGAAAAAGAAGCUCGUGUUUCUGUUUUGGACUAUGCUUGUUUCUUGGGCUAUAGUCCUUGCUUGAGGAAUGCAAGUAUGAUGUUCCAAAAAUUCAUGCAAGACCCUGUCGCUAACAAUAUACCAGGUGCUAUUAGAGAAAUCGUAUUUAGAUAUGGUAUUGCUAAUGGAGGUGUUAAAGAAUGGGACUUUCUUUACAACAUGUAUAAGAACUCAUUGAGCAUCGCCGAUCGAUCUAGAAUGUUAUUUGCUCUAUCAUAUUCCCGCGAUGAUUGGAUUUUGAAGAGGUUCUUGGAUUACGCUAUUGAUCCGACCAAGAUUAAUCCAUCAUCGACCACAACGAUAUUUAGCUCUGUAAGUUUGAAUCCUGUUGGUAAAUACCUCGCCUGGGAUUACGUUCGCCAGAAUAAGAAUUAUUUCAUACAAAGGUUCAGAUCUACCAGACCGAUUAUUCGUACUGUUACUCGUUUCUUUAAUAACAUAUUUAGGCGUAAUCAGGUACAACAAUUCUUUGCUGAAAACCCAGAAUCUGGUAGUACUGCUACUGCCUUUGAGAACGCAAUAACCGGAACUAUUAACUUCAAUAUCAAUUAUCUACAAAAGUACGAAAAGACACUUUCCACCUGGUUUAAGGCGAAUAUGGCCUAAAUUGUAGUGCAUAUUUGUUAGUGUAGAGAUUUUGUUAUUUAGGCUACAACUAAAAGUGGUAAUUUCGCAUUCUUUAAGCGAAUAAAGAAUAGUCUCGUAUGCCCUUACUCUGUUGCUUGAUAGGUAAAAUAAGUAGUCGUCGUUUUGUAUAGCUGCUAACUAUUUCAUUAGUAUUUGGAGAAUGUAGCCAAUGGGUUUGUGUACAGGUUACGCAGCUCUAACCCUAACCAUCGUAUUACUGCAAGAGAGAACAUUUCAUCUAUUUUUGUUACUGAUUUAGUUUAUUAUUAAUAUGAAUGCGAUGUGAUACAAUUAUUAUACUAAUAUACUCGUACGUUAGUGUGCGUUCAAUCUCACUGUCUUCCAUUCGAGUUUACUAGGUAGAUAAAUAGAAUAAAGCUUUUAAUUAAAUCGGU